AUGGCCAGUAUAAAAUUUGGUUCUUUAACUUCAAACGAGGCUAUUCUCUCAGUAAUGGAGGCACUGAAGCUGUUACGGUUGAACAACAUAAAGCAACUGUCCACAACUGCCUUGGCCUUGGGGGUAGAGCGUACCCAGAAUGAGCUGCUCCCACUUCUGACUGACACCAUUUUCGAUGAAGACGAGGCACUGCUGGCAUUAGCGGAGCAACUAGGGAGCUUCACGGUGCUCGUUGGCGGACCGGAGUAUGUUCACUGUUUGCUGCCUCCCUUGGAGAACCUGGCAACGGUGGAAAAAUCGGUAGUACGAGAUAAAGCCAUCGAUUCACUGCGAGCCAUCUCCCACGAGCACUCUCCUGCAGACCUAGAAGUCCACUUUGUGCCACUGGUCAAGCGCCUGACUUGUGGUGACCGGUUCACGUCCAGGACUUCGGCAUGCAGCCUUUUCAGUGUCUGCUACCCUCGGGUAUCCAGCUCUGUAAAGGCCGAGCUGCGUCAACUUUUCCACAGCUUGUGCUCAGAUGACACACCAGUGGUCCGCCAGGCAGCAGCAUCAAAGUUGGGUGAAUUUGCAAAGGUUCUGGAGCUGGAGUUUUUGAAAAGUGACAUUAUACCCCUCUUCACUUCCCUGGCUUCUGAUGAGCAGGAUUCGGUGAGGCUGUUGGCAGUUGAGGCUUGUGUGAGCAUAGCCCAGCUGCUGCCCCAGGAAGACCUGGAAGCGUUGGUGAUGCCGACCCUCCGGCAGGCAGUGGACGAUAAAUCCUGGCGUGUUCGCUAUGUGGUGGCAGACAAAUUUUCUGAAGAACUUGUGUCUGACACCAAUCAACACGUGAAGUCAGCUCUGGCCUCUGUUAUUAUGGGCUUGUCCACCAUCCUGGGCAAGGACAGCACUGUUGAGCACCUGCUUCCCCUGUUCUUGGCUCAGCUCAAAGAUAAGUGCCCUGAGGUCCGUUUGAACAUUAUCUCCAAUCUGGACUGCGUGAAUGAAGUUAUUGGAAUUCACCAGUUAUCACAGUCUCUCCUGCCAGCCAUUGCAGAAUUAGCAGAAGAUGCCAAAUGGAGAGUGCGCCUUGCGAUAAUCGAGUACAUGCCUCUGCUUGCAGGGCUGCUGGGCGUGGAGUUUUUUGAUGAGAAGUUGAACUCCUUGUGCAUGACGUGGCUGGUGGAUCACGUGUACGCCAUUCGCGAGGCCGCGACCAACAACUUGACCAAGUUGGUGGAGAAGUUUGGCAAAGACUCGGCAGAAUCCACCAUUGUGCCGAAAGUACUUGCCAUGGCCAGUGACCCCAACUACCAUCACAGAAUGACCACCGUCUUCUGCAUUAACGUGUUGUCUGAAGCCUGUGGCCAAGAAAUCACAGCAAAGCACAUGCUACCGACGGUUCUCCAGAUGGCAGGCGAUCAGGUGCCAAACGUUCGCUUCAACGUGGCUAAAUCAUUGCAGAAAAUAGGACCGGUUUUAGAUGCCAGCACUUUACAGAACAAGUUCAAACCAAUACUGGAGAAAUUGGGUCAGGACCAAGAUAUGGACGUAAAGUACUUUGCGCAGGAAGCCAUGACUGGAAAAAGGGAAGUUAUGUCACAUCCGGAGUUUCUCCAGUUAACGGACGAUUUCCCUCCACGCCUCUCUAACAUAGUGGGGAACCGCGUACGAGGCAAGUUACAGCAGUGGUUUGCCAUUGCCUUCUGCCGGGUGAGUUUACAAAGAGAUCACCAGCUCGUAACCCAGCAUGGAUGGAAAGCGUGCAGGGGAGCCGGCUGGAUUCAAACUCGGGAUGACGCCACUACAACACCAGCUGGGUCAGCCUACUGUAUGAUAUGGGGACUACUUUAUGUUGUAGUAACACGUCGUCACAUGCGCUAUUUGGCGCACAUUGAUACGUAUGUGUGUGUUCUGCAUCGUUUUCUACUGGUAAAGAACCAUGAAACUUCGCUCCUGUCUCCAGCAUUUUUAUUAAUAGCAUUGUUGUGUAGCCAGGCCACAUACACAACACUCUUUAAAGAAUUACCCCUGGAAAUGUAAACGUCUCGUACGUAGUGUCACUGGAUUUUAGCUGCCUUGUAGAUUCUAGUUCUGCAGUCUUUCUGCUGUCUCAAUUUAGCUUAAGAUAUCAAGCUGUCUACUCCCCCUAUUUAUUUUCAGUGACUGUAGUGUACCGAGUGGCAUUGUGUAUCCGAUGGGUUUAGCUGUUAACAAGGAUGUGAGGUUAUUAGCUUUGCUGCUCUGUCGACAGUCACUUGUAUCCAGCAUGCCUCCUCCUCCUUUCCCAAAACACCUUCGCUCGUAUUCCCAGCAUCCAGUGGCAAAUGCUCGAAUUAAAACUGAAGAUGUUGUCCAAUCUGAAACUGUUCUCGGAUGGGGUGGCAGAGGAGGGGCCCAGUGAGGGGUCCACAUUGGAUGGGCCUUGGCUUGGGGAAGUGGUCCACAUUAAUGCGUCCUGACCCUGAUGUAGGAGAGGGUUUCGCAUUUGAUGGGGCCUGGUGAAGGGGUGGGUUCCACAUUGAUGGGUCCUAAGGUGGGGCCCACAUUUAAUGGGGCCUCAUGUGUCUGCACUGCAUUGUCCCCACGUUGCUGAAUGAUGUGCUAUAAGUUUUGACCGACCUUAAUUUCCCUUUUAAUCAUUUUUAACAUUAAAAGAAAGAGUGCCCGUUAGACAGUUAUUGAAAUGACUUUCAAUGCCGACCUCAUUAUUCCAGUGACUUGAACAGCAGUGCCAGUGGAUGCUGUGAUUACCUGAUGGUUUGGUUAGGCAGCCAUUGCUUCUGUACGUAUUAGUUAAAGUAGAUUUUUCAAUAGCUGAGCUUCUCUUCCCGACCAGAAUUACACAAUAUUGUAUCAUUCCAGUGGUCUAGUCACAUUUGGGAUGCCAUUUCAAUAUUGCAAAUCACGUAAUUUAAUGUCUGUUAGCUUUUUGAAUGAUUAUAGAGAUUGUGUUAGGCACAUUUAACCUGUUACCGGUGGACGUCAUUCUCCUAAUUUGUAUAUUACAUCAUUGUUUUGACUGCUUUCCCUAAUAAAGUGGA